AUGAUGAUCAUUACGUCAGCUAUUGUCAUCUUACUUAUUUUACCUAUAUUUCAUGGCAAAAUUUAUUUAUUUUCAACUGAAGAUAGUUCCUUUGCCGAUUUUUACGAUUGCCUGAACCUCAGAAACGUUUUCUACUGUCGUCGACCGAUCGAGCCAAUCGCUCUGAAACGCGAUCAAUCCCCAUGGGAAUGCCACAACAACGGCACGCGCUAUUCAUUCACCGACCUCAAGAACAUGAACAUCAGCAUAAGUACGAUUCUCCAUAAGUGGCUAUCAAGUAUCGAAAAGGUAGAUGAGUAUGCACGCUAUCUCCGAACUGGGUCAAUCGAAAAUAAUGCAUAUUUAUGUGCAUGUUACAAGCAAGAAUCGUUUGGGAAACAUUGUGAAUAUUUUCUACCGUAUGGAAGCACAUUCGAGAAGACAGUCGAUUGGAAACUCUUGACGGAAACAAAAUAUCCAUGGCAAGUACAAAUUCAUGGGCAGAUUAUUUGCUACUCAACACUAUUGUGUAAUCAUAGUUUGCUAUGUCUCGAUUGGCGUGAUAUUUGUGAUGGUACUCAGCAGUGUAUGUUAGGCUAUGAUGAGGAGAACUGUGAUAUUUUAGAAUUCAACGAGUGCGAAGUUGAUGAGUAUCGGUGUACGAACGGAAUGUGCAUUCCUGGUGAUUAUUUUGUCGAUGGUGAUUACGACUGUAUGGAUUGGUCUGACGAGAAGCCGAUUUUUGAUGACAAGAACUGUGUGGGGACAGAGGUUAGCGUCAAUUGUGACGAUAGAAUGUGUCCGCCGAAUUGGUGGUCGUGUGGCGAUGGACAGUGUAUCACAGACCGACUCGCCUUUCAGAGUGCUGCACAGGACAAGGCUGAAUGCCUCAGUCGUCGCGAUCAAUUUUAUCUAUGUGAAACGAACUAUGGUAUUCAAUUGUGGACAAUGCCGAAUGGAAGAUGUUCUUUAGGAACUGACGCGUUCGAUGAUCCCACAUUUAAUAAUGGUAGUCUAGAAUGUAUUUAUUUAAUUAAAUGCAGCUUUUCGGGAGGUGCAGAAAAGAAAUGUCCUUGUAAAAACAUGGGAUGUAGCAAACUACUGGAAGAGAAGUGUCCUUCUGGCCUUAUCCAAUACCCUUUGGGCGCAAUCAUUAGCCCAUUUGUCUUUCAUUUUUACAACUUCACGCACACUCGAAAUGAAAAAAUAUGGGAUUCAAUCGUGCUUAAUGGCACUAUAAAAUGUCGAAACUACUUCGUCACUCGGGAGAUAACACUUUCCUAUUCAUCUAAGCUUCACUCGCGAAUAUUUGAAAAUAUUUUUUGCAACCAUACAUCCGAUAUUUUGGCAUUUACCAGUGACUAUGAUAAGUUUUGCUACAACAAAUCACAAACCUUCAACAAUCAUUCGUACAAUUUUAUCGAUGUAUGUUCCACGUCGAGAGAAUGCAUUUCUGCGUAUCGAAUCAGAGAUGGUACGUAUGAUUGUAUGGAUCGGCAAGAUGAAGAGAUACUUAAUCUAAACACUUGUUCGAAAAAUCAACAUCAUCGUUUUCGAUGUUCAAAUGAAGAGCCUACCUGCUUGACUGUGACGGCUCUGGGCGAUCAACACUCUCACUGUAAAAAUCAGUACGACGAAUUAUGGAUGGGAUCAAGUAGAUUGCUGUCAAAAAUGAAUUGUAAUAUCCAACAAAAAGAGCAUUGUCGUGACAUUCGUCAAUAUAUUGAACAGUCGUGGUCAUCGAAUCGUGAUUCUAUGCUAUUGCUCAGCUCACCUCGAAUACAAUUUCGUGCCUAUUGUGAUACAUUCUGGAAUUUCGGCUCAAAAUUAGACGAAAAUGCAACAUUGUGCCAACGAUGGUGGAUUUGUCCAAAAGAUCAAUGGCGAUGCCGUACCGGGCAAUGCAUUAAUAUCACUUGGCUUCUCGAUGGCGAGUGGGAUUGCCCGGAUGCAUCAGAUGAACAAGCUGUAUUUCUUAAUAUUUCAUCUCACAAUUUUCAAGUUAUGAAUUGUACUGACAUCGAAAAAACGUUCAAAACAAAAUACUCAAUGCAACCAUUUUCGACUAUCUGCAACACAACUGUAGAAUUUCCAUGCUUUCGGAAUGAUGUAUUAUAUCCAUUGAGCAAUAUUACAUAUAUUCGCCCUUGCAUACCUCUUGAAAAUAUUGGCAAUGGUCAUCCAGAUUGUCUAGGUGGCAUCGAUGAACGCAAUCGUCUAGAACAGAGCAACGGAAUAACCGUGCUAGGUUAUAACUUUAAAUGUUUAUCCACUGGCUCUUAUGUUUCACAUUCGUCGACCUGUGAUUAUCGAUGUUCCAACAUAUUAGACGAUGAGAUUCGGUGCUAUGGCAUGCAAAGAUCAGAAAAAUGUAAGGGUGUGCGUGACUUCAUGUGUUUGAAUGAGACUUGUGUCAAUGGUGGCCAUUGUAAUAGUGCCUAUGAAUGUGAAUUUGGCGAAGACGAAUACAUGUGUGAUCUCGAGAAUUUUUCUCGUCAAGCACUAGCAAGGGCCUAUCGUGAGAAAAAAGAAUUGAGCUUGAGAAAUGUUGGUCUAAAACUUCAACUAUCCGAUUUCCCCAUCGAAAUAAAUCGAACUAGGUUUCAACCGGAAGCCACUAACGCCUCCUCAUUUAUUGAUUCGAGCUCUUCUAAUUCAACGAUUGCAUACAUUUGCAAUCGAGGCAUUGGCGUUUAUCUAUAUAAUGGCUCGAUAGCCUGCUUUUGUCCACCGCAAUACUAUGGCGACCGGUGUGAGUUUCACAGCGAUCGCUUGAAUGUUUUUUUCGAUUUAAAUGUAUCUCGGUCAAUCUAUGCCGACAACAACGACCAGGAUAUGGUUCUCAAAUUACUUGUUGUGUUUCUUUUCAAGAAUCAGACGUUGGACAUUCGUCCAUUUCAUUUUCGACUGGCAACUGAAAUGGUGACUAAUAGCAAGAGAAUCACUCACUUUGUUUACUCUAGAAGUGCUGAAUUCAUUAAUAGAAGACGUUUGCAAUACUUGGAUCGAUCACAAAUCAUCAAAGAACAUCCGUAUUCUCUCCAAAUCGAAGCGUAUGAGUUCAAGAUGAAUAAUGAAACGCCCGUACUCGUUGCCGUCUGGCAAUAUCCUAUCUACUUCGAUUAUCUUCCAAAUUUUCGCUUUACCAAAGAGAUCCGAUUGGAAAAACCAGACACCAAUGAUAGAAAUCCAUGUUCGAGAUACCCAUGCAAUCAUAAUCAGAUAUGCCAGCAGAUUGUCAAUAACAGAGCACGCUAUGUCUGUCUUUGCAAAAGUAAUUACACAGGCCCUGAUUGCUUAGAAUUGAACCAACGUUGUGCCGAAGGUUACUGUUCUCCAGCAUCCUUUUGCAGGCCAAUGUAUCGCAGUCUAGCAACUGGUAACGAUGCGCCUUUCUGUCUUUGUCCCUCAGACUAUUAUGGUCAACGGUGCGAGUUGUCGCAUGAUAUAUGCACGUCAACGUUGUGUAAAAACGGUGGUACAUGCUACACGGGCUCAAGGCCAGACCGCCACGUAUGUGUAUGUACUGAGAAGUAUCGCGGAAUAUAUUGUGAGCUUCCAAAGCCAGAAGUCACAAUGUUUAUUAAUGGUACUGUUCCGCAUGUUGGUGCUGUGAUUCAAUUCUUCAUCAUUAACUUUGUCUCACUCAAUUUAAUUCUGGUUCAUCAACGAGCGUAUCAUAGUAUGCCCAAUUUUACUGAAUAUAGACAUGAUUCGACAACAGUACCCGAAAUUGUUCUACUAAAGCUGUACGCGAAUGAAAACAGCGAACCUGAUACAUAUUUAAUAUCGCUACAUAUAGGUUUUAUGGUGGUUAAUGGCACUACGUACAUUGGUGAGCACAAUAGAUUGGUUCAUGUCAACACACUUUUAACACCUAACGAGCGUAAGUGA